CCAGAUCUCUGAAGAGGAGGAUUCUUUUCUAGUGAAGACUAAUGGAACCUCCAAUUUUAAGCUGGGAUUGAAGGAACCUCAGAGUUUAUCAAGUCCAUUUCCUUUUUCAUUCAGAUGAAGAAACUAACAGAAGUUAAAUAACUGGACCAUAGUCUAAGCUACAGUGAUUCUGAGGGGAACAUAUUGAGAUGGAAUGCUUCUUUCUUCGAGAUUGGUCCUUUGUCUUGCUCCUGCUUCCCUGGUCAGUCUCAGGGAAAUUCACUGUUAUAGGACCACAACAGCAAAUCAUUGCCCUGCUAGACGGAGAAGCCACAUUCCCAUGCCACCUUUCUCCCCAGAUGGAUGCUCAGGAUAUGAAUGUGAUAUGGUUUUAUGGUCAGUCCUCAAAUCUGGUACAUCAAUAUAAAAAUAAGCAGGAUUAUCUGAAACAUCAGCACCAAGACUAUAAAGGGAGGACAGAAUUUCUUCGACAUGACAUUUCCAAUGGGAGUGUGGCAUUGAAGCUUCGUCACAUUCGUCCUUUUGAUGAAGGAAAUUACCGGUGUUUCUUUGAAACUCCUUAUGUUUAUGAGGAAGCAGAGUUCCAAGUGUAUGUGGCAGGCAAAGGCUCUACUCUUCACAUACACAUUAAGAGUGAUGGAAAUAAAGAGUUUCAGCUGAUAUGUACUUCUUCAGGAUGGUACCCAGAGCCUGAAGUGCAGUGGAGGAAAAACCUGGAAAAGUCAUCGUCACAAGACACCAAGAUCAUGAAGGAUGAGAAGGGCCUGUUCUCUGUUGAAACAUCAGUCACAGUGUCCACUGAUUCCAAAGUGAAUGUUUCUUGUUUCAUUUGGAACCAUCUUCUCAAACAAGGGUUGGAAGCAAGUGUUUCUCUGCCAGAUGCUUUGAGUCCAUUUGCUUUGAGUCCAAAUGACCCUCCUUGGAAGGUGAUAGUAAUUGUGAUCAUGGCCCUUAUGAACAUUGUGCUUAUCAUCCUUAUUGUGACCUGGAAAUUAAAAAAAGGCAAAGGCAUAUGUAAAGAUGAAUCUCGCACUGCAAAAGUUGAAAGUGGCAUGGAUAAGCAUGAAACUGAUUCUUUCCUACAACCCUCAGCUGAGAGCAACGUCACAACUAUGAAGAAAAAAGAAGCAACUGGUGCGAGCAAAGAUGCGAUUGUGGAGCAAAAAGAAGCUACAGAUUUACAAAGUGUCCAGAAAAACAGAGGCUGGUUCAGCAGAAUUGUGGAGAGAAUAAAGGGGAGUAACACGCAGGAGUGGGCCAAUCCAGGAAAUAUACAAAAUGAACAAAGAAGAAUAGACCCUUCCUCUCUUUCCUAUCGUGGAGAAGUACAAGAAGGAGAGCAGAAGAAAAUGGAAGGAAAUCUCCAUUUCUCCACUGACACCUGGAAGAGGCCAGAUUUACAAAGUGCCCAGAAAAACAGAGGCUGGUUCAGCAGAAUUGUGGAGAGAAUAAAGGGGAGUAACACGCAGGAGUGGGCCAAUCCAGGAAAUAUACAAAAUGAACAAAGAAGAAUAGACCCUUCCUCUCUUUCCUAUCGUGGAGAAGUACAAGAAGGAGAGCAGAAGAAAAUGGAAGGAAAUCUCCAUUUCUCCACUGACACCUGGAAGAGGCCAGAUUUACAAAGUGCCCAGAAAAACAGAGGCUGGUCCAGCAGAAAUAUGGAGAGAAUAAAGGGGAGUAACACGCAGGAGUGGGCCAAUCCAGGAAAUAUACAAAAUGAACAAAGAAGAAUACACCCUUCCUCUCUUUCCUAUCGUGGAGAAGUACAAGAAGGAGAGCAGAAGAAAAUGCAAGGAAAUCUCUCGUUCUCCACUGACACCUGGAAGAGGCCAGAUUUACAAAGUGCCCAGAAACACAGAGACUGGUCCAACAGAAAUGUGGAGAGAAUAAAGGGGAGUAACACGCAGGAGUGGGCCAAUCCAGGAAAUAUACAAAAUGAACGAAGAAGAAUAGACCCUUCCUCUCUUUCCUAUCGUGGAGAAGUACAAGAAGGAGAGCAGAAGAAAAUGGAAGGAAAUCUCCAUUUCUCCACUGACACCUGGAAGAGGCCAGAUUUACAAAGUGCCCAGAAAAACAGAGGCUGGUCCAGCAGAAAUAUGGAGAGAAUAAAGGGGAGUAACAUGCAGGAGUGGGCCAAUCCAGGAAAUAUACAAAAUGAACAAAGAAGAAUAGACUCUUUUUCUCUUUCCUAUCGUGGAGAAGUACAAGAAGGAGAGCAGAAGAAAAUGCAAGGAAAUCUCUCAUUCUCCACUGACACCUGGAAGAGGCCAGAUUUACAAAGUGCCCAGAAAAACAGAGGCUGGUCCAGCAGAAAUAUGGAGAGAAUGAAGGGGAGUAACACGCAGGAGUGGGCCAAUCCAGGAAAUAUACAAAAUGAACAAAGAAGAAUAGACCCUUCCUCUCUUUCCUAUCGUGGAGAAGUACAAGAAGGAGAGCAGAAGAAAAUGGAAGGAAAUCUCCAUUUCUCCACUGACACCUGGAAGAGCCCAGAUUUACAAAGUGCCCAGAAAAACAGAGGCUGGUCCAGCAGAAAUAUGGAGAGAAUAAAGGGGAGUAACACGCAGGAGUGGGCCAAUCCAGGAAAUAUACAAAAUGAACAAAGAAGAAUACACCCUUACUCUCUUUCCUAUCGUGGAGAAGUACAAGAAAGAGAGCAGAAGAAAAUGGAAGGAAAUCUCCAUUUCUCCACUGACACCUGGAAGAGGCCAGAUUUACAAAGUGCCCAGAAAAACAGAGGCUGGUCCAGCAGAAAUAUGGAGAGAAUAAAGGGGAGUAACACGCAGGAGUGGGCCAAUGCAGGAAAUAUACAAAAUGAACAAAGAAGAAUAGACCCUUCCUCUCUUUCCUAUCGUGGAGAAGUACAAGAAGGAGAGCAGAAGAAAAUGCAAGGAAAUCUCUCGUUCUCCACUGACACCUGGAAGAGGCCAGAUUUAUACACUGCCAAGAAAUACUGAGUGGAUGUCACUUUGGAUGUGGACACAGUUUAUCCUUUCCUCCUUCCUCGAAUGGAUGGAAAAUUGAAUUCUUACGAUCACAAAAACAACUCCAAA